AUGGUAGACCAGAAUCUAGGCCAUCUCUUAGGUUUAGGGAGGGGAAUCGUGCCGAAGCAACCACAAAAAGAAACAGCUAGCAAUGAAGCUGAGAAUAAUUCUCCAUCAAUGCAUAAUGCUUUUGGUGGAGUAAAUUUAGCUGAAACAGUAAUUCAAAAUCAAACAGAUACGGUGAUAAUUGAGGAGUUAAAGUCUCCUAAUGAUUUUGAAAUAACAUUAAAGGAUAUUGAUGAAGAGUUAGAACUGGAUGUUGUGUGGGCUAAUCAAGCGGUGUGGAGUUUCAGACAUGGUGUCGAGUUUCUGGACUUUAAGGAGCUUCUAUCAUGGCUAAUCGUGGAAGGAAAGCAAGUGGAGCUCUUUGCAUUUACGGCUUGGACAAUAUGGAAUCAGCAAAAUCAAGUAACCGAAUUCCAGCCAAGACAGAAAGGCGGAAGAAAUGGAAAUAGAUGGCGGACUACACCAGUAGGAUUCGUGAAGAUAAAUUUCGAUGGUGUUGUGUUCACUGAUACCAAUAUGUCUGGACUUGGAGUGGUUAUCAGGAAUGAUAAUGGUUCAGUUUUGGCCUCUUGCUCGAAGAAAAUUUCCCAGGCUUACAAGUCCGAUGAGAUUGAAACAGUGGCAACGACGACAACUCUCUCAUUUGCGCAUAAACUGGGGUUCAAACAUGCUAUAUUGGAAGGUGAUUCACUUGUGUUGAUUAAUGCUUUGAAGACAGAGGUGCACUCCUUAGCUCCGAUGGGUCUAUUGAUAGAGGAUGUUAAGAUGCUUUCCCAAAACUUUGAUAAGUUGCUUUAUUCUCACACUAAGAGAAACGGCAAUUCUGUAGCUCAUAAUUUGACUAAAUAUGCUAUAGGCAUACCAGAUUUUCCCCCAAUCAGUGGAGGGCGGUGUUUGCAUAUGGAAAAUGUGAACAUUGCCAGUGGUGGUCGUGGCAUGCAGCAAGAAGAGAAUCAGUGCCUAUGA